AGGAACUGCGCACCCGGGAGACUGGGUCCGGGCAAAGGACAGCGGGAGCCGCACGGACGCGCCGACCACCGACAGGCGAGCGAGCAAGAGAACGGGACGCGCGCUCGCCCGCGGCUCCCGCGCCGCUCCACCUUAAAUUCCGGACUUCCUUAAGGGCGGGCACUGAAGCCGAGCUCCGGGGGCGGGGCCUCGCAUGCAAAUGAGGUGCGUGUGCCGGCGGGGCGGAGCAGGCGGGGCGAUGACCUGACGUCAGGCCGCCGGCCCCGGGCAGUUGGCUCGGCGGCGGCGGAGCGGCAGGAUCGGCGGUGCGAGAGGGGCUGCGCGGCGUGGCGCGGGGAGCGGCGGCGGCCCAGCCGGAGCAACAUGGCGCCGGUGGGCGAGGGCGGGCGCUCGGGCGCCGGGCCGGCCCGAGGGCGCCUCCUCCUGGCGGCGCUGGUGCUGCUGGUGCCGCUGUGGGCGCUGGGGGCCCGCGGCCAGGGCGACCCCCAGCGGGGCGCGGUCCUGGGCAUGAGGCUGGCGAGCUGCAACAAAUCGUGUGGGACAAAGCCGGAUGGCAGCAUCUUCGUGUCCGAGGGCAGUAUGGUGAACCUGAGGCUGUACGGACAGAGGCUGGGCUCCAUCUCCAGCAACCUGAUCUCCUUCACCGAGGUAGAUAACGCCGAGACCAUCCACAACUCCACCAACUGCCCUGAGCUCACCAAGGACCUGGUCGUCCAGCAGCUGGUCAAUGUGAGCCGCGGGGACACGUCCGGGAUACUGGUGGUGCUCACUAAGUUUCUCCGGAGGAGCGAGAACAAGAAGCUAUAUGCACUGUGCACCCGGGCCGGGGUGGACGGGCCCUGGCAGAGGUGGGCGGAGAAGGACUCGCUUCUCUUCAUGGUGGAGGAUAAGAAGUUUCUGCCCCUCUGGCUGCAUAUCGUCCUCGUUAUGGUGCUGCUAGUGCUGUCAGGCAUAUUUUCUGGCCUCAACCUGGGGCUCAUGGCCCUGGACCCCGUGGAACUGCGCAUCGUGCAGAACUGUGGCACUCAGAAAGAGAGGCGCUACGCCCGCAAGAUCGAGCCCAUCCGACGCAAGGGCAACUACUUGCUCUGCUCCCUGCUCCUGGGAAACGUGCUGGUCAACACCUCCCUCACCAUCCUUCUAGACAACCUUAUCGGGUCUGGAAUCAUGGCCGUGGCCUCCUCCACCAUUAACAUUGUCAUCUUUGGGGAGAUCGUGCCUCAGGCCCUGUGCUCCCGACAUGGGCUGGCUGUGGGUGCCAACACCAUCAUUCUCACCAAAUUAUUUAUGCUGCUCACCUUCCCCCUCAGUUUUCCCAUCAGCAAGCUCCUGGACUUUUUCCUGGGCCAGGAGAUUCGCACCGUUUACAAUCGGGAGAAGCUGAUGGAGAUGUUGAAGGUGACGGAGCCCUAUAAUGACCUCGUGAAAGAGGAGCUGAACAUGAUCCAGGGUGCCCUGGAACUCCGGACCAAAACCGUGGAGGAUAUCAUGACCCAGCUGCAGGACUGCUUCAUGAUCCGCAGCGAUGCCAUCCUGGAUUUCAACACCAUGUCGGAGAUUAUGGAGAGCGGCUAUACCCGCAUCCCCGUGUAUGAGGACGAGCAGUCCAAUAUUGUAGAUAUUCUGUACGUCAAAGACUUGGCCUUCGUGGACCCGGAUGACUGCACCCCCCUCAAGACCAUCACCCGCUUCUACAACCACCCAGUGCACUUCGUCUUCCAUGACACCAAGCUGGAUGCCAUGCUGGAGGAGUUCAAGAAGGGGAAGUCCCACCUGGCCAUCGUGCAGAAGGUGAACAACGAGGGUGAAGGUGACCCCUUCUAUGAGGUGCUGGGCCUGGUCACCCUGGAGGACGUCAUCGAGGAGAUCAUCAAGUCCGAGAUCCUGGACGAGUCUGACAUGUACACUGACAACCGAAGUCGGAAACGGGUAUCUGAGAAAAACAAACGUGACUUCUCAGCCUUCAAGGAUGCUGACAAUGAACUCAAGGUGAAAAUUUCACCUCAGCUACUUCUGGCUGCUCAUCGCUUCCUGGCCACAGAAGUCCCCCAGUUUAGCCCCUCUCUGAUAUCAGAGAAGAUCCUGCUGCGGCUACUCAAGUACCCAGACGUCAUUCAGGAGCUCAAGUUUGAUGAGCACAACAAGUACUACGUGCGCCACUACCUGUACACCAGGAACAAGCCAGCCGACUACUUCAUCCUCAUCCUGCAGGGGAAGGUGGAGGUGGAGGCCGGGAAGGAGAACAUGAAGUUUGAGACGGGCGCCUUCUCCUACUACGGGACCAUGGCCCUGUCCGCGUCCCCCUCUGUGCCUUCAACCCAGGUCGGGUGUCCGCCUGGCAAGCGGAACUCCCUGCUCUCCUGGCUCUCAGACCGCUCCCCGUCCCACCCGACGACCCUCAGCCGCUCGGCCUCCCUCAGCUACCCGGACCGCUCGGACUCGGCCAGCACAGCCCCCCUGGCGGGCAGCAGCAACCAGUUCGGCAGCUCCAUCCUGGGCCAGUACAUCUCCGACUUCAGCGUCCGGGCGCUCAUGGACCUCCAGUACAUUAAAAUCACCCGGCAACAGUACCAGAACGGGCUGCUGGCCUCCCGCAUGGAGAACUGCCCUCAGUUCCCCCCAGAUGGGUGCACCAUCUGCACCGAGAACUUGACUGACAAGUCUGAGCUGCCCGUGGUGGAUGAGACCACGACGCUCCUGAAUGAGCGCAACUCCUUGCUGCACAGAGCUUCGCACGAGAGCGCCAUCUGACAGGAGGGCCUGGGGUCCCCCGCCAGCCCCGCGGGGGCCUCCCCGGUGGGCCCACACGAAGACAAGGAGCCUGUUAGGCUGGAAGGGGUACAGAUAGCCUGUCUGACUGAGCAGCCAGAUGGCCCCCAGCCCGAGGGGCAUCUGGACUGCGACAGGCACCUCUGAACAGCUCCGGGGCAGCGGCCGCCCAGCCCUGGACAAGUGGGACAGUGGGCUGGUGACCAGGAACUCCUCUUUUUAAAUAUACGGGGAAGGGAAGACAGGGUUAAGGAACUUUAUUUAAAAACAAUGUUUUUUCCCAGAAAAACUUUAAAAGGGGUAGGAUUUCUCACCCCGGGAAGCGAUAGCCAUAAUCUGCUCCCAGCCGUGACCUUCUGGCUAUGUCCCUGACUCAGGGAGCCUACUCUUUCUCCGCCUCCCCCGGAGAUGGAGUCCCAGAGGCCUGCGGGAGAAAGGUUUUCUCUUGGGAGGGAAGACAGUUCUUCCCAGGAAGCAAAGAACCAAAUAGUGCGGAGAACAGUUGCCCAGACACGUGCACUGAGGCUCGUCUGUCGUUGCUGAGGCCAAGGGAUCCUGGGGAGCUGUGAGCAGGGAUGUGAUACGCCCAACUGUGGAGAGGAGCACCCUCCUCCAGUCGAUCGCUGGACCCAGGAAUUUCCUAGAACUCUGCGGAUGGGCUCUCCUGGUGAGUUGGGCUGGGAUGAGGACUCUCACACUGUCCCGUUGGUUUGCCUCAUAUUCGCCCCUUUGGACUCUCCCCUUGUAACAGGGCUGACUCCAAGUGUUAGGCAGGGCCUUGCACCUUUAAGACUGCUAACCCCUGCUCCCCAGGCCCUGCCCUCACCUUCACCAAAGGUUUUCCCCAGGUGGGGAGGGCAUCUGCGUUAGAGGGCACUUGUCUGGGGUACUCUUCCGGGGGAACGUGGUCCUGGGCACUGACGCUGUUAGCAGUUAGUACUAGUCCCCCUUCUCACCCAACAAUGAAAGUCAAGUCUCAGUCACUGACCCAGGAAGCUCUUCCUUCCAGAUGCUCUGCUUCUAAUCCCAAAACCCCAAUGCCUCUUGGGGAUGGAGGGCCAGGGGACAUAUAGGAAGCCAACCUAAGCAGGUUCUUCAUGCCCUUUCCUCUGUGGCUGAGGCUUACCUGGCCUUGUUCACACACUUACAGAACCCAGGAAAGGAGUUUCCCGUCUGAAAGGCACACAGCUGGCAGCCCUGUCUCCCCCACGUGUGUAAUCCUAGUGUGAGGUGUCAUCUUGGCCUUGGCUGAAGCUCGUGGUACUGGACCCUGAGAGCCCCACCCCACAAGCAGUCGCACCCUA